AUGGCGAGUGGCAGCCAUAUGCAUAAUUUCACCACCCUCAUCAAGCGGCUCGAGGCAGCAACCUCCCGCUUGGAGGAUAUGGCCAUGUCUCUAGAUGAUCCUAAUGUGUCAAAGAGUAUGGGCAGUCCUUCUCCUGAUUCCUCCGUCGUCCCUGAACCGCCCAAGUCGUUGCCCCCACCCCCGGCAGUCCCUGCUGCGCCGCAAGUUCCACCGCAGAUUCAAGACUUUGAUGCGUUGAUCAAGGGAGACGUCCAGAACUUUGUGAAACUAGGCGAGAAGAUUGGCGGGUUAGUCGCCGAACAGUCCAAAGCAGUCCUUCAAGCUUUCGAGGCCGAGCGCACCUUCCUAUAUGUCUCAACAAAGGCUAAGAAGCCCGAUGUCCCACCCCCGGAGCUCAUGACAGAAUUGCACAAGGCGUCGGAUAGCAUCAACAAUAUCAAGGAAUCCAACCGCGCAUCACCGCUAUUCAAUCACCUCAGCGCUAUUGCGGAGGGUAUUGUCGCACUCGGCUGGUUCUUCGAGACCAAACCCACGGAGUUCGUUGCUGAGAUGAUCGGUGGCAUUGAGUAUUAUGGAAAUAAGGUGCUCAAGGAGUAUAAGGAGAAGGACCGAACCCACGUCGAGUAUAUCCAGGCAUACUACCAGAAUUUUAAGGCUCUCUCGGCCUAUCUCAAGAAGCACUACCCUAAGGGCCUUACAUGGAACAACGAGUCGGGUGUGACUGCUUUGGAUGCUCUGAAACAGAUUAAGAGCGGUCCUGCUCCUGCUGGUGGUGCUGUUCCUCCCCCUCCCCCUCCCCCUCCUGUCCCAGCACUCAAUGUUCCUGGCGGCGGCGCUCCUCCACCACCGCCUCCACCAGGCAUCCCACCAGCCCCUGCCCCUGCUGCCCCUGGUCCCGAUAUGACUGCCGUCUUCGACCAACUUAACCAGGGCGAGCAGAUCACCUCUGGCCUGCGCAAGGUCGACAAGUCGCAGAUGACACACAAGAAUCCUAGUCUGCGCGCUGGCUCUACUGCUCCAGAAAGCACCGGGUCUGCCCGAGGCAAGUCCCCUGCUCCUAGCAAGAAGCCCAAGCCCGAGAGCAUGCGUGCCCGCAAGCCGCCACGUAAGGAGCUGGAGGGCAACAAGUGGUUGGUCGAGAACUUCGAGGGCUCUGAUGAAAUCAUCGAGAUCCCUGCCAAGCAGAACCAGUCAAUUCUCAUCUCACGCUGCAACAAGUGUAUCAUCAAGGUGUCAAGCAAGGCCAACGCCAUUGCCAUCGAUAACUGCAACGGCCUUUCCAUCAUUGUCGACUCGCUGGUCAGCAGUCUGGACGUUAUCAAGUCGCCCAAGUUCGCUCUGCAGAUCGAUGGAACGGUUCCAACUAUUCUCUUUGACCAGGUUGACGGUGCCACAGUCUACCUAGGUGAGAAGAGCCUGAAUACCGAGGUUUUCAGCAGCAAGUGCAGUGCUGUCAACAUCAUGCUUCCGCCCAAGCCCGAUACCGACGAGGAUACCAAGGAGUGCCCCGUCCCCGAACAGAUUAAGAGUUACAUCAAGAACGGUGUGCUGGUGAACGAGAUUGUGGAGCACGCUGGCUAA